AUGUCCUCUGUCACCAAGCUCACCGGAGCCGUCAAGUACGACGAUUGCCUCGAUAUGGAAGAGUCCCCCAUCGGUCAGCUUGCCCUCAAGCGUCUGUCUCCCAAAGAGUCCUACGACCGUGUCUACCGCAUCCGCCGCGCUUUCCAGCUUUCCAUCUCCCACAAGAUCCUACCCAAGGAGCAGUGGACCAAGGUAGAGGAGGACAAGCCCUACCUCCAGCCCAUUAUCGACCAGAUCAAGGCGGAGAUCAAUGAGAAGGAGGCUCUCGACUCCAUGGAGGUUGUCAAGACGCAUUAA